AUGGGGAAUAUGACAUCGAUACCCGUUGAAUUGUGUGCAACCUUUGAUGCAGAUGAAAUUCGCCGAUUAGGAAAACGUUUUAAAAAGUUAGAUAUAGAUGGCAGUGGAUCAUUGAGUGUUCAAGAAUUCAUGUCCAUACCUGAAUUACAACAAAAUCCAUUAGUACAAAGAGUUAUUGACAUAUUUGAUACAGAUGGAAAUGGAGAAAUUGAUUUUAAGGAAUUUAUCGGUGGUAUAUCACAAUUUAGUGUUAAAGGUGAUAAAGAAUCCAAAUUAAAAUUUGCAUUCAAAAUUUAUGAUAUGGACAAAGAUGGCUAUAUUUCAAAUGGUGAAUUAUUUCAAGUGUUAAAAAUGAUGGUUGGUUCAAAUUUAAAAGAUUCCCAAUUACAACAAAUUGUUGAUAAAACAAUUAUAAAUGCUGAUAAAGAUGGAGAUGGAAAGAUUAGUUUCGAUGAAUUUUGUGCUACCAAUCUGAGAUUUGUAGCACUUAAAAUAGUACGGUCAGCUUUCAAGCCAUUUGACGGCCAACAUACAGCGUCCUCAUCAGGAUGUGAAUAUGACUCAUUACAAACUCUUUCUAUUCUAAAACAAUGUAUUAUUACAUUUGAGAUGCCACUUACAAAAAGACAGAAUAGCUGUGAAGACAAUGAAGUCGAUAGUUCAAAUAAACAUUUGAAAAUUGAUGAUGAUGGUCCAAAUGAAUUAUCAUCGAUCAAUCCACUAUCACCAUCAUCAACGAUGAUUACAUGUCUGGAAGAUUUAUCUUGUGAAUUAUUUUUAUGUUUAUUUGAUUAUCUUGAUUGUUAUAUUUUAUUUCAAUCGUUUUAUAAUUUAAAUGAACGAAUAAAUCAAAUUAUCUGUCGCAAACAAUUUUAUCUCUGUUUACCUGAUUUAUAUAAAACAUCAGAAAUAUGUUUGAAACAUCUAGAUUGUAUUACAUAUCAGUUAGCAUCAUUGAAAUUAAUAUUUUAUGGUGAAUAUUCUCCAGACUGUUCUUUAAUUGAACAAUUUUCAUCAUCUCUACGUUCAUUAACAUUAUCAGGAUUACAAUCAUCUUACAUACAGAAAACAAUUUAUAAACUAUCAGAAUUAAAACAAUUAUCAUAUUUAUCAAUCGACUUUGGUUGGAUUAUUGGAGAUGACGAAAAUUGUGAAGAUAUAAUCAAAAUUAUAUUUAAAAAUGAACGACUAAGAAAAGUAGCUCUCAAAUUUGUUCAAAAAUUCGAUAUCAGUUGUCUUCCAGUGUGUUCUACAUUAGACACUUUAACUAUUUAUUUAUGGACAUUUGAUGAUGUGUUUAUUUUAUUAAAACGUCUUCCAUCUAUUCGCUGUUUAACAGUUUAUAUUCAAGUAUUUGAUUUAGUACCGUCUCAUUCCUUUAUACUAGAUAAUGAUAUUCAUUCAUCGUUGAUUCAUCUGAAAUUAGAAGCAAAAUACGGUCUUUUUCGAUAUAUAGAAAAAUUAUUAAAGAAAAGUAUUCGAUUAAAAACAUUUCAAUUUAUAACACGAAAUUGUGAAGAAUUUGGAAAUGGACUUGAAUGGGAAGCAUUAUUUCUUCGAUCAUUGCAUACACCAUUAGAUAAAUUUCAGUUGAUUAUUGAUCGUGUAGAUUCGGAAACAAUGAAAGAUUUAAGAACAUUUCAAACACAAUAUUGGUAUACAACUCUUUCUAUUCUAAAACAAUGUAUUAUUACAUUUGAGAUGCCACUUACAAAAAGACAGAAUAGCUGUGAAGACAAUGAAGUCGAUAGUUUGAGUAAACGCUUCAAAUUAGCUGAAAAUGUUGUAAAUCAAUCAUUACCACUUCCGCUCACAUCAGCAAAUAUUCCUCACACUGUAACACGUUUAGAAGAGUUGACUUGUAAAUUAUUUUCAUGUUUAUUUGAUUAUUUGGAUUCGUAUACUCUGUUCAAAUCAUUUCAUAAUUUAAAUUUACAAAUAAAUCAACAUUUAUAUCAACAAAUAUUUAAAUUUUUAUGUUGUUCUCAAGAAAAUCAAAAAUUAUUUUUCGACAAUUAUUCUCUUGUACAAUUGACAUCAUUACAGUCAUUAACAUUACGUAACAUAAAAAUAGCGGAUUUAAAGCAGACUAUUUUCAAAUUAUCAAAUUUAAAACAUUUAUCUCAUUUAUCGGUAGAUUUUAAUUGGAUGAUAGGACAUAUAAAUCCUGAUCAAAUUAUCAAACAUAUAUUUACCAAUUUGACUUCAUUAAGGCACUUAUCAUUAAAAUUUAUUCAACCGUUCAACGUCAACGCAAUCCCAAUUUGUACUACAUUAACUCACAUGAAUGUUCAUUUAUGGACAAUCGACAAUCUUUUUACUUUAAUGAGUCGUCUGCCAACGGUUCGAUAUUUAUCAGUUUAUAUUCAGAUGUGUCAUAAGCCAGAAAUACCCUCUUAUACAAGUGAUUUUCUAUUAUCAUUGAUCUAUUUAAAAUUAGAAGCAAAGCAUAUUCAUUUUAAACAUGUUGAACAAUUAUUGGGCAAAUGUCCAGAAUUAAAAAUAUUUGAAUUAAUAACACGAAAUUUUGAUGAAUUUAAACAUGGUAAUAAAUGGGAAGAGUUAUUUCUUCGUUCACUACGAACAAAACUGAAUAAAUUUCAAAUUUGUAUUGAGCACGUAAUUGAUCCUGAUACAAUAGAUUUAUCAACAUUCCAAACAAAAUUUUGGCAAGAAUAUUUUCAUACAACGAUUUUAACGUGUAAAAAUACUCAUUUUAUAGUUGAUGCUAGACAACAAUAA